CGUAUACAGCAAAUCGUAGUGGCCACUAAUAGACGAUCACCUGAAGAAAAAUCACGUCUUAUUUCCAAUAAAUUUACAUUCGGCACCUGCAUAAGUUCAAAGACAAUGAAACCAUUUCAAUGCAAGGGUGUUAGUGGCAGAAAGGUUGGCCACAAGUGCAAAUGCAAGCCAAAGUGUUCACAAAUCACGGUUAAGGAAGAAAUCACCAUCAAAGAAGAGCCGAAUGAUAUGAUUCAGUACUCACCGCCACCAUCGCCAAUUGGAACGGGUGCUACCAUCAAAUCGGAGAGCGAGAGUGACGACGAUUGUAUGCAGAACGAUGUCAAGGAUGAAAUCAAAUGUGAAGAUGAAUGUGCAAAGACGGAAUGCGAUACAGCAAAAGAUGAUGGUGGCGAAGGUGGAAUCGACGAAAAUGGUCCAGUUGACGCUAAUGCUGACAAUCCAAACCGUGAUGAUAUACCGCAUACAUCAAAUGGAAAGAAGCCAAAAGAUGCAAAGAAAGUGCGCAAGAACAAAAUAUCAAAGAAAUCAAAGGUCGCACCAAAGCUGAAGAAGCAUAAGUGUCAGGUAUGCAAUUAUUUGGCAUCGAACAAGUCAAUACUCAAAAUACACAUGCGCGUUCACAACGGCGAGAGGCCAUUUGCUCGUGAAAUCUGUGCAAAAGCUUUUAAUCAGAAGUCUAGCCUGAACCGUCAUAAGAAAAUUCAUGAUCCAAAUUUAACAUUUCGUUGUUUGAAGUGCCGAAUUGACUUCACAGAAGAAAUCGGCAAGAUUAACCACGAGACAAAAUGCAAACGGCCUCAAUACCAGUGCCACUUAUGUAAAAGCACAACUCGGAAUUUGUCACAUUUGAAGCAGCACAUGCGAAUCCAUAAUGGUGUGAGGCCAUUCAAAUGCCGUGUUUGCUUCAAAACAUUUACUAGGAAAUAUCAUCUAAAUGUACAUUUACGCAUCCAUGUCGAACAACUGCCAUUUGACUGCCAGAAAUGUGGCCAGCGGUUUGGUAACAAAAACCAGAAGAUAUUGCAUGAAGAUCGUUGCACCGGCCGCCGAUACGAUUGCUAUCUAUGUAAAUACAAAUGUUUCCAAAAAUGUGAUUUGAAAAAGCACAUGCGAUCAAACCAUACUGGUGAAAAACCAUUUUCGUGUGGUAUUUGUCAAAAGGCAUACCGUCAAAAGAACGAUCUUAAGCGACAUUUGACAACCCACAAAAGAAAGCAACCGAUUCGUUGCUCAAAAUGUUGGAAGAAGUUUGCAGAAGAAGACGGCAAGAAUGCACACGAAGAUCGAUGCAAACGACGAACCCACCAGUGCUAUUUAUGCAAAAUUGUAAAGCAAGAUUCAACACAAAUGAAAGGUCAUAUGCGUACUCACCAUACUGGCGAGAAACCAUUUCCAUGCGAACUGUGUGGAUUGCGCUUUGUAUGGCAAAAUAUUGCCAAACGUCACAUGAAAAAGGUUCAUCAAUUAAAGAAGUAAUAUUGCAUUCAAAAAGCAUUACCUCAUUUGUUUGGAAAUGGCAAACAUUAGAAAUGUUUAUAAUUCAUGGCACUAGCAUUCACUCAAAAUAAUUGAACAAAUGUAUGAAAACAUCCAACUUUC